AACCCAUCGAGAUUCGAUCGAUCAUCAUUUUAAACAAUCACCCACCUUCUCUUCUUAGUUUCCAUUUCAUUUCUCCGAUUGUGAACUCACCAUCUGUUUCUCCCUCGAAAACAUCGAUCUUUUAUGGCGACUCUUACGGUUCCUCCGGCACCGGUUUCUCCCCGGGACGACGCCAUUCAAUUAUAUAAAGCUUUCAAAGGAUUUGGGUGUGACACUGCGGCAGUGAUUAGUAUUCUUGCUCAUCGAGAUGCGACUCAACGGACGCUUAUUCAGCAAGAAUACCAGAAAAUGUAUUCCGAGGACAUCCUUAAACGUUUGUCUUCUGAACUUAGUGGUAAAUUAGAGACUGCAGUUUUGCUUUGGAUGCAUGAUCCAGCAGGAAGGGAUGCCAUUAUAUUAAGACAGGCAUUCAGCCAAGAUUUCAUCAAUCUGGAAACUGCAACGGAAGUCAUAUGCUCUCGAACUUCUUCCCAAUUACAGACUCUCAAGCAAAUUUAUCACUCGACAUUUGGGGUUUAUCUUGAACAUGACAUUGAACUACAAGCUUCUGGGGAUCAUAAAAAGAUUUUGCUUGCCUGUGUAAGCAAACCGCGUUAUGAAGGCAUGGAAGUUGAUAGGGAAAUGGCUGCAAAAGAUGCCAAGGAACUGUAUAAGGCUGGCGAAAAGAAAUUAGGAACUGAUGAGAAGGUUUUUGUGCAGAUUUUCAGUGAGAGAAGUCGAGCACAUUUGGUCGCUAUAAACUCAUAUUACCAUGACAUGUAUGGAGGUUCACUCCAAAAGGCUGUAAAAAAGGAAACUUCGGGUUUAUUUGAGCGUGCCCUUUUGACAAUCUUACAAUGUGCUGAAAAUCCCGCAAAGUAUUUUGCAAAGGUGCUAUACAAAUCGAUGAAAGGCUUAGGAACUGAUGACACGACGCUUAUAAGGGUGAUUGUAACAAGAACUGAGAUCGAUAUGCAAUAUAUAAAGGCUGAGUACCAUAAAAAGUACAAAAAGAGCUUGAGUGAUGCAGUUCACUCUGAAACAUCUGGUCAUUAUCGGACCUUCCUGCUUUCGCUUCUCGGCCCAAAUCACUAGGGUCAUGUAAAACGAUUAUGCUUAUCUUCAGUUGUUCUUGUGUUUGCAUACUUAACACACCUAAAUGGUUCUUGUUUGACUUUAUGUUCUUAUAUGAUACUGAGUUGGUGAGUUAUCAUGAUCUGCUUUAACUUCAACAUUAAAAGUCAAAGCUAGUUGAUUCCAAGC